AUGUUAGAUGUGAUAUAUAUCUAUGUUGGAUCACCUGGAUGUCGAUUUUGGAGUGCAAGGAAUUCUCAGUUCCUUGAAGAUACAGAUAGUUCUGCGAUUAACUAUAUUAUAACAGGGCGAAUCACCGCAAAGCCAUCUCGUAGAAAUAAUGAUGCAUCGCAUAAGUGGAUAUGGAUUGGUUUUGCAAUUGUGGCUGCUCUUAUGGGAAUCGUGCUUUGUAGCAUGUGCUACCUACGACGAAGAAGAAAACUUGCAGAUCAGAACCAAACAAGGAUCCAAGAAAUGCUGAACAUGAUGAAUUCUAAUAGACCUACUAAUGCAAAUGGACUUCAAAAUGAUGAAAAGGGGGGACACGAUUUAAGCGUAUUUAACUACAAGUCUAUCAUAACCGCCACCUGCAACUUCUCUGAUCAAAAUAAGCUAGGAGAAGGGGGUUUUGGACCUGUAUAUAUUCAGGGGAAAUUGGUGACCGGACAAGAAAUAGCAGUGAAGAGGCUUUCAAAGCGUUCAGGCCAAGGAAUAUUGGAGUUUAAGAAUGAAUUGAUACUUAUAUAUGAACUUCAGCAUACAAACCUUGUUCAGCUCUUCGGAUUUUGCAUUUAUGGUGAAGAGAGGAUGUUGAUAUAUGAGUACAUGGCAAACAAAAGCUUGGACUACUUUUUAUUUGAUUCAACCAGAUGCCAGCAACUAGAUUGGAACAAACGUUUCAGCAUAAUUGAAGGAGUCGCUCAAGGUUUGCUUUACUUGCACAAAUAUUCCAGAAAGAGAGUAAUUCAUAGAGAUUUAAAAGCAAGUAAUGUUCUACUUGAUGAAAACAUGAAUCCCAAAAUUUUUGAUUUUGGAAUGGCAAGGAUUUUCACGAAUGAUGAACAAGAAGCAAAUACUAUGAAGAUUGUUGGGACAUGUGGUUACAUGUCCCCUGAGUAUGUUAUGGGGGGAAAAUUUUCCAUAAAAUCUGAUGUCUAUAGUUUCGGAGUGUUGAUGCUAGAAAUCCUAAGUGGAAGGAAAAACAGCAGCUUCUACAAUGAUGACCAUGCUAUCAAUAUAGUUGGCUAUGCAUGGGCGUUAUGGAGAGACGGUGCAGGACUAAGACUAAUGGAUCCAAGACUUGGCGAUUCAUGUGAUAAAAAUCAAUUCUUGAGGUGCAUCCAUGUUGGUAUGCUCUGCGUGGAGGAAAAUGCAGCCAAUCGACCCAUGAUGUUAGAUGUGAUAUCUAUGUUGGCUAAUGAAAGCAUAUCACUACCAGUACUUACAAAACCAGCAUUCUGUACAGAAAGAAAUGUGAUCACAACUGCUGUAGGUGGGAAUGGACCAGAAAUUAUUACAUCUGUAAAUGGUAUCUCCAAUUCUGAUUUUGAUGGGCGUUAA